AUGGAAAGCGUUGAUGACUUGGUCCAACCACCCGCCACGCUAGCAGAGGUCAAGAGCGGCUUGCAGAGGGCGUACCUGGAGGGAAUAGAUUUCAUCAGGUUAAAGGUCAAAGAGAGCGAAGAGGAGUUGACCCAGUUAAAGCUCAGCUUCUACCAGUGUGCAUCGGACGAAGAGGAUGAAUUCGAGAAAUACUUGGUCAAGUGUAAUGAACAAUUCCUUCAAGCCAACAACGAGCUAAGGCGCAAAAAUGUCACGCUUAAGGUCCUAGACAGUGAGCUCGAAAUAGUCACCCUUUUGAAUACUCUCCGGGAAAAAUGUGAGGUCGAUAAAGGGGAGAUAGGGUUCAUAUCCGAAUUCUGGGAAAAUAUUAAGGCUACAAUGGAGAGUAUGACGAUUUUGUUGAAUAAGUUCAAGACCAGUGUAGUGGAACGGUUGCGUGGCAACUGUAUUAGUUACUAUAACAACACUGAAAUUCAUUUGGAUGUAUCGGCUAGAUAUACGGAAGAGAUCACCAAAUAUUUGACCGACCUUGAACGAACUUUGAAUGACACUCAGAUCCUGAUUAAGAGCUACUCAAGCGGAGUUCAUCAGGAUAUGUUUUCACAUACCAAGUUCACAGAAGGAAUCCUUGUUUCCUGUGAUCUCAAGGCUUUUCCGAUACUUCGGCUGUUCCCGGAUCUUACGGAAAAGAUCGAAUCAAUGUUGAGCAUAGCGCUGAUGUGGUUAGAUAGAGAUGAGAAGUACAUGUACGAAAUCAAUGACUACAUCCGAGAAACGAGGUCAAUGGCCAAGAAAAGGGUUGACGAAAUGAAAAUACAGAAAGAAAAGCUGAAGAAAUUUGAGAAAGCUGUGAAAUCUGCCAAUAUUUUACUACACAAUAACAAAGAGAAGCUGCAGCGAAUUGAAACAGAUCUGAAUCAAUUAGAACAAACUUUCGGUGUGUACAAACAACAGAUGCAAAUGAAGUAUGGUGAGAAAUCGCAGAAAGAAAGUAUGGUGGAUUUUCUCAAGAUCACACUUUCACAGACCAAGAAGAACUAUAACUUACAAUUGAAGAGACAAAGACUUCUGAAACAGGUCGAAGAGCUCGAAGGAUUUUUGGAUCAUCUUGAACAGGAUCUGAGUGGUGUUCAGUACAAAAUACAAGCGAAAGCUCAACAAAAGGACAUGCUUAGCAUAAAGCUGGAAACUAGUGAAAAAUCCUACGGUGCUUUGAAAACUAACCUUGACAACUUCUCAGAUAACCUUGAAAGACUUGAACAAGAGGUAAAUGGCUUAUCAGGACAGUUACUACAGCUAGAAAUUAUUCAAACAUGUAAGUCUUCCCCGGAAAAUAUUGACGGUGUUUUUGAUAGACCCCAGUCAGUAAAACUUGCUCCGUCCUUGAAAGAGAAAAUAAAACGAAAGCGUAAAAUCAUGCCCCCGGUACACUGACCGGAACUGACGUGACCUUGGAUGUGACAAAAUGUUGACCUUCGCAUUGACAGCUACAUGACCUUGACUUUGUACUAAACAUUCCGAGAUGUGCUAAAAUUUAUAGUGUUGUGACAGGGUCGCCAAUAUGAUGUAGAAAUUCUAGCUUCAGUAAUGCUUGUCUAGUGGAUUGACUUUUGAAAUAACAUGAGGAGGAACUUCGAUGAGAUCAUUUCAACUUUGUAUGAAGAGAAUGCUUGGUGCUGCAACUGAUGGAUAGUUCUUCAAAGAACUUGGGAAUACUUUGAACACAGUUCUGCACAUAAGAAUAAAGUGCACUUGAUGCAUUUGUUGUUUCUGAUUACAUAGUUUCUGUUUCUUCCACACGUUUGUCUUUACGUUCAAAUGUGCACUUUUCAUUACAACUAAAAUCGAUUACAAUGACAUUAUUAAAUCGAACUUUGCUCUCUUCUUACAAGAACGUCGUAGACACAAGUGUUUAACAGUUAUGACGUUUCUGAUUCAUAAUCAUAUUUUUGUUCCUAAUUUUCCAAUUCCACAAAUAGUCGGCAACUCAUAAUUCAUUGUCAAUAAUCUAAAGGUGCCAAAAGCACGGACGUAACAAUAUGCCACUUAAAAUAUUAAUUGGUCUGUUUAUAUUGCUUUCCUAUGCACAUAUUACGCAAAUAAGGUGGCGAAAACUCUCUGUAGUGUCCAUUUUCUCUCCAUAUCUAAUUCUCAUUUCAAACAAUAUGCAAAAUAAGCAUUUUUUGAAAGAUCGGUCCAUGGGUUAAACCCAGAUGAUAACAAACCACUAUUCCUAUUAGUGUAUCACAUUAACCCCACUUGCGCUUAGUUCACAUCGGUUCUAUAUAGAUAUAAGAGUACUGGUCAUUUCCUAUAUUUUAUGAUACAUUUGCAGAACUUGCAUUUACCGACAACUUCUGAUUCUUUGUCAUAUUUGUAUGUUAAGAUGUUAUGUGUUGUGUUGCGUUCUUGCAUGUUUGUACUGGUCAAAGAACAGAAUAUACGCAAAUGAACAAUA